AUGAUCCUGAUCCGCGGUGCGAGUCUUCGCGCUGCCAGGACGGCGUCGAAGGCGGACCAUCUGAUUUUCGGGUCGGCCUUCGGCUUCGAAGCCCUCGCCAUCCCCCUGUGCACCAGUGGCGGACCUCUUCCCGGCAGGCACUGUAGCGUCCUGCUUGUUGUGCGCCCUGGCGACCUGCUUUUGCCCGACGAGGAGGAGAUCGGGACGUUCUACCGCCACCUCGACCCCAAAACCUCCUCCAAGCGGCACGAGGAGGAGGCAGCCAACGUUCGGAGGUUUUUCGGCGAAUGCGUGAAGGCGGAGUUGAGCCGUGGGGGAAGGCAGUGGACGGCUACGCCUCCUUCCGCCAAAGUCCUCUCCGAACGUCUGGAGAGUCUUGCCGCUCCCAUCCGUGAUGUGAGUUUCCAACGUCCAUGUCGCCUUGUCGCCUGGGCUAUCGUCGUCCAGGCGUCGACUCACCCUUUUCUUCGGCGCCAUGUGCUUCGGAUGUUGAUGCAGAAAUUGCCCGACAUCCUCAAGGAGGAGGUCGCCGGCACGGGGCUGUUGGCGGUCAACGCGUUCGCGUAG